AUGGUUAUAAUGGACACAGGCGAAAGUGUUGGCACUUUAGAAGAACAAGCACUAAAAAGAAAAGAAAGGCUAAAGAAUUUGAAACGCAAGAAUCCUAAUAAUGAAAGUUCAUCGAAUGAUUCGCCUGCUGACUUUGUACCACUUCCCAAGCCAAAGUUCCGGAGCUACAAACCACAGGACGAUUCACUCUUAGAAGCCAAAUUAGAAGAUGCUGAGCCUGCAGCAGUAGAAGCUGAAGUUAAAGACUUGCUUGAAGCAGGGAAAGAAAAGAUAGUGUUACAAGACUUGGACAUAUCAAGUUUAGCACCGCGGAAACCAGACUGGGACCUCAAAAGAGAUGUGGCUAAGAAACUGGAAAAACUAGAGAGGAGAACACAAAAAGCUAUAGCAGAAUUGAUAUGGGAACGGUUAAAACAGGGCAAUGAAGAUAAUCUAGGAGCCAUGGUCACCAUGUCAGAAACUAGAGCUACUGACGAAGACUGA